AGAUUGGAAGAUGGCAGGCAUGAAAACAUUAAUCAUUAUUUUCGUUAUCAUGUUCCCAGUCGCGAUGAUAACAGAGGAAGAUGUAAAUCAUGGAGGUAACAACUACGACAUCACUAACAAAUUUAAUUGCGCACCUGCGGAUUGUCGCCAUUAUAUUUCAGCGUCCUGUCUCUGCUUCAUGUACAAAAAGCCCCUUAAAAUUUUCAUUUUUACACUUUCCCUAAAACAUCAUUCCGAGGAUUCCAUAAUUUUUACAUUGUCCAUAAAAUUUGCAUGAGAAUUGUUUUCAGCUUUUCCAGUAAGUAUAAGCAGUCGUCAUAAGAGAAAUUGAAGACAAUUUACUGAAGCAUAAUUUUUGGGGCGUAAACAAGAUGUUUUACGGGGGAUUUAAAAGUGGUGAAUAUGUUAACAACUUCUAAUAAAACAAAUGUAAUAGCAUUAUAUUUGUUUUAUUAUUAUUUUUUUCAUUUUACACUUCAAAAAUGCGCGAUCAACAUAUGGCAAGAUUUCUUUCGUUCAGUGUCCGUUCAUGAAUUGCUUUGCGCUAUUGUUUUCUUCCCUAAUGGAUUUGAAAUAAAUUUGCUAUACAGUCAACUCUCCCUUAACAAACACCUCUUUAGACGGACAACCCUCUGGUGUUGGCCCCUGUCAUUGCCCAGUCAUUUGACUGUAACUAUGCUCUUUAUAAGACGGAAAGCUCUCAAAGACGGACAACCGACACUUUUGAAACCAUCAACGGACAAUUGAGAAGUGCUUUAGGUAGUGACAAAUACCGCAAUACGGAAAUGUAGGUGCACUACAUGACAGUACAAAUUGCAAUUAGAGUAAGCAAAUUACAUACCCAAAUAUAAUACGCGUCUUCUUACAGCGCGUAUNUAUUAUUAUUUUUUUCAUUUUACACUUCAAAAAUGCGCGAUCAACAUAUGGCAAGAUUUCUUUCGUUCAGUGUCCGUUCAUGAAUUGCUUUGCGCUAUUGUUUUCUUCCCUAAUGGAUUUGAAAUAAAUUUGCUAUACAGUCAACUCUCCCUUAACAAACACCUCUUUAGACGGACAACCCUCUGGUGUUGGCCCCUGUCAUUGCCCAGUCAUUUGACUGUAACUAUGCUCUUUAUAAGACGGAAAGCUCUCAAAGACGGACAACCGACACUUUUGAAACCAUCAACGGACAAUUGAGAAGUGCUUUAGGUAGUGACAAAUACCGCAAUACGGAAAUGUAGGUGCACUACAUGACAGUACAAAUUGCAAUUAGAGUAAGCAAAUUACAUACCCAAAUAUAAUACGCGUCUUCUUACAGCGCGUAUCUUUUAAACGGCAAAUGAAGAUAACCUCUUAACAGCUAUGUUCUCGGUCUUCUAGCUGAACUGUUUCAGCCUUAUGGGAACUUCAGAUAGUGACAUCAAAAACAAACCAUUGUAACCUAUGUACAAUAGAAGCCCGGUAACUCGAAUUCUGAAGGAAAACGAAACACAGUUCGAGCUAGCGAGGGUUCGAGUUAUCGGGGUCGAUUGAAAAAAUUAUGUUGCCAUGUUACGAUUACAUUUUUAAUCAAGGGAAAGGAAAUUUAUUUCGAGUUAGCAGGAAAUUCCAGUUAUCCGAGUUCGAGUUAACCAUGUAAAGAUGAUUGGAAAGUGGGGUGAAACUCAAAGGAAAUUGGACUUAGUUUAGCGUUACUGUUGCUGUUCAGUAGACGCCGUGAACGUUGACAUGUGUAUGAACCACGUGUAAUGGUAGAAUGAGAAAAUGAUUUCACCUUUCAGUCCCUUUAAUAGACGGAGAGUCGGGACGGGACCAGAAGGUAUCUUCCUUAGAAAAAAUUGACUGUAUUAUUAUUAUAAUUAUUAUUAUUAUUAUCGUCACUGUCAUUAUCAUUAUCAUUAUCGUUAUCGUUAUUAUUAUUAAAUUAUUAGUAGUAAUAGUAUUUUAUCGUCAUUUCCUAUUAUUUAUUACUAUUAAAUAAUAAUAAUAAUAUUACAACUAUAAUAAUUGUUAUAUUUAUUAUUGUUUUGCAAAGUUGAUAAAAUUUCGUUAGCAUACAGAUUGAAAUUUUUGGUUCAUAUGUGUUGCUACUUUGCAGUUUGUCCUGUUCCGAUGAAUAAAGAAGAAGAGGAGUUUAUUAAAGAGCGGGAAAGAAACAGAGAACUAAUGGAAGAAAUCGCCAGAGAAAUUGAAAUAACGUGCCUAGGUAAGUUAAAAAAUAGAAAUAAAUGAGCUUAUUUAAAAACCUUGGAUGAGCAAGUCCUUCCGCGCGAAUUGCACGCCCUUUUGAAUUGUUUAACCCUUUGGGACAGUUGGGACUGUUCUAUAUGGAACAGGGCAGAUUUUACAUUUCUAAAGCCACUUACCCUUUUAGUUUAACCCAUUUAGUUUUUAUGCAGCAAAUACACUAUCUACAGGUAGCCAUUGUGACUCCUGAAGGAAAUAACCCACCCUGCCCAGGAAAGGUUGGCCACACCAUCGGGGUUUACGUCCAAUACUCUGUCCAGUGUUUGUCCGGCCGGGGUUUGAACACGCAAUUUCCCACUCAGCAGACCGGCGCUCUUUUGACUGCGCUUAUCAGACACUGCUACCUUAUUAUCGAAAUCCUGACUAAUCUUGUGAGGGUUCUGAGAGUUAUAGACAAACAUUUUGGGCAAAAAUCCACCGCCAAUUUCGCUAUUUGCCACUACUCUAAAUAAAAGCUAAAUCGCCCCAAUUCCGAAAGGCUAUAAGUUGGACUAGAUAUGUAUAGAAUAAAAGGAGCAAACAAGAAAGCUCCCAAAAACGUUUAUGCUAGUUUUUUUCUCUAAAAACGCACAAGAUUUUCCGACUUGGAAUUUAAUGGUACGAUUUUAGCUAAACUAUUUCUAGUCCAUUAGCCAUUUUGUGAGAAGUGGGUAAAAAUUCUAUAUUUGUAGCAACCCCUUAUGGGAAAUUGUUUCGUUGUUAUUAAACGAAAACUUAGGGUGUGCUAAAUUGUGAUCAGUCUGUUACCAAACAUGAGACUUAAGGAAGGAACGUUAUUGGAAAAAUUGGGGGCUUAUAUUAAAUGGUUGUGGAUGACGAGAAAUUUUUCCCUUAAAUAAUGAACUAUAAUUAUGCAAAUUCGAAGCCUUUCUCUCAAGUUAAUAACCCUUUUUAAUUCGAUCAAACUUUUUCAAUUCAUGGCGACAAUUGAAAUUUAAGGUGCGUUUGAUUCCAUGGGAAAUCCGGAUUUGAGUCUAAAGUCUGGAUUUUAGAUUUGGCAAUCAAACGCGAAAUACAAAACGGAUUUCACCCUCACCCCCCGAGAAAUCUUUCACCAAAUCAUGACUUUAUGGGUGUCCUUUAUACCGUUCUAGUUGGAAAAGCGAAAAAAGACUUGUAAAACUGUUCUCGUGGACAAUGUUUUUUUUUCUGCUUGUUAUGCGUGCGCGUGCGAGACAACUGUUCUCUCAAAAACAGUUCAUAUCUUUUCUCGUAUCCCCGAUCUCCGCACCCCCCCCCCCCGCCCCCCCGCCCGAAAAAAAAAAAUUAAAAACUAAAAAAAAAGAAAAAAAGAAAAAAACAUAAAGAAGCAUCUGCGUUUAAAAACCCUUUCUAAAACAUUCAUACUUGCACAAGCAAAAAAAAACUUAAAAAACUUUUCCAGAAGAAAAUGUGUUUUUUUCAGCAUUUUUUGCGUGCGUAUGGGAGAAAACUGUUCUCUCAAAAACAAGAGAGAACAUUUCUCACCUCCCCGAACUCCCCACUCCCCCCCCCCGUCCCCCUGUUUAAAAAAAAAAAUUCAAAAUUCAAAAAAAAAGGAAGAAAGGAAAACCAAUGACAGGCUUAUCUGCGUUGAAAUCCGUUUUCAGAUUUCGCGUCGUUCGAUCCGAAUUUCAAAAAUCCAAGUCCAGAUUUCCCAAUCGAAUACGCCGGCCCUUCUAUCUUUAGAAGUUAGUGGUGAGUUGCCAUGGCAAUGGCUGCUUCUGAGUCUUUAUACUCUGACCCAUUUUUUAUGUUUAAUUUUUGUUAGCCCAUUCCCCCAUAAAACCCCCAAUUUUCUAGUUGAUGUUCAAGUUUCAUGUCUGAACACAGACUGAUCACAAUUUAGCACACCCUUAGCUUUGAAUUUUUAAGGGUGCUACCCAGUUACAUUUGUUGGGUUCUUGGCUCAUGAACUAUUUCGGGUGCUCGCAAACAGGAGAAAAGAUGUUUUGUUUCUCUUUAAACGUGAAUAAAGGCAAAACUUAGCUAUGAAAGUGAAACUUGCCGACUAGUAACAGCGGAACUCAGACUAAACGUUCAGGGCGUAAACGAAAAAGAAGCAAUACCACUCGUGGCACGAAAAAUUAUCCCGCGCUGACUGCGGCAGUCCAAAAGCCCGCGAAAUACUGAUCACCAAAGGUCAAAUUUCACUUGUAUAGCAACCACGUAGACCAGCAACACCAUACGAUAACAGUAUUGAUACCAACGUUUUCUCAAUGUAUUUUAAUCAAGAGAUCAUAAUAUCAGUUGUUUGUGCUUACAGGAGAAAACGUUUAAGUCAAGGAAAUUCUUAACUUACUUUUUCUUGCUUAUUUGUAGACGAGUGUAAAGCAGAACUACAUAACUGCCACGAUGAUGCAUACUGCACCAACACCAAGCGUUCCUUCACUUGUACUUGCAAACCAGGAUAUACUGGGGAUGGCGUCAACUGUGCAGGUAACAUAAUAUGGAGCUGAAACGAACAGGAUUUUAUCUUAAGUCAUAUGCUAUUCCAUGCCAAAAAUAAAUAUAGCCAAAUGGAAAGGAAGAAACCUGUUUUCAUAUUCAGUCAGUGUUAUGUCACAGAUUGUAUCUACGAAAAGAGUUUUGGCCUUGGUACGUGUAAAGUUGUGGCCUCCAACUUUCCCACAGAAAUCAAUAUCAACGGAAAUGAUUUUAACCACCAAAAAAAGUAUAUUUAAAGCCAACGCUGCAAUGUACGUAUGUUAAUACAGCAAAAAGGCAACAUUUGUAUUCUUGCUUUCACAAAAAGUAAUAAUAAUAACUGCUACAACUUAACUGGUCGAGCUCGAGCUGUAUCCGCAAUAACACACACAGGCUUAGUGCCAGUUAGGCUGGGGAAACAAAAAGUGUGACCAACAUAUGGCUGGGACAGGAAACACCGAGCUCAAAGGUUCAGAAACAGAAAAAAACUUGGGAUCUAUCCUUGAUAUGACGAGAUCAUCUUCACUAAUAUACCUAACAAGGCACGAAGGCCAAUAGUCAGCUAGAGCGCAGCAUUUAAGGUAAACAGGUGUUUAUUACGAUUGAGGCCGGGGGUCUGUAGCAUUGCCAAUUCAGGACUGCGUCAAUCAUUGACUUAUGUCGCCACUUAAGGUGGCCCGAACCUAUUUAUAUGCGGGCUGGUUAGGUUUUGAAAUCGAGUUUUUUAUCUUUAAAACCGUAUAAUUACAAAAAAUGUCAAUAACUUCGAAUUCAAACCCUUAGACAGAUUUUUCUCUAACUUCAGCAAAUAAGCCUCAGAGCUCUCUCUAGUUUUGUAUCUGCAAUUUUGAAGUCAAUCGUGACCGUAGAACUCGCUGCACAAAUAUCUGGUCAAAUUUUUAUCUUAAAAUGCAAUGCUAACACAUUUGUGAAAGUUGACACACAAAUAGGGGAAAACUGCCGACGGACUAUUUCCUAUCUGCAAGUGUAUUCUUGCCCAAAGCUUCAGUUGCAAGAAACUGAGUAAUCAGAAACCUACGGCGAAUACAAUUCGCAAUACAAGAAGAACAACUUUAAGCUGAAUGUAGGCAAGAUGAACGAACAUCUGUUUAUCAAAGUUACUAUGUAUUUGUCCUUCCCUUUUCGAAAAAAAUCUCAACAAAGCAGGAUAUAGCAUCUACGAAAAUCUAGUUACCAGUUUUAGUACCGAAGGUACCCGUCUUGAGGAGAAAUAGAGCCACCAACUCCAGUACUUCAACUGAUCCAUUUUCAGCUGCAACGAAAGCCCAAGUAUUAGGUAAUUUAUCGAAGCUUGUAAGAUUUGCAAUCACAUUCGCACGGGCAGUUUGCCACUGGGGGUAAUGAAAAGAAUAGGACGAUUGUCAUAUUUUCUUCGUCUUUAUCCCCAAGCGGCAAACUUCCCGUGCGAAUGCGACAUCAAGUCUAAAAAGCUUGAAUAAAUUACCAAGUGCAAGGGCUUUCAGUGCAGCUGAAAAAUGGACGGUUAGAAGUACUGGAGUUGGUGGCUUUAUUUCUCCUCAAAACGGAAACCUGCGACGCUAAAAACUUUUAAGUGUUUUUCGUAAAUGCUAUAUUUUGCCUUGUUAAGAUAGGUUUCGAAAAGAGAAGGUCAAAUACAAAGUAAGUUUGAUGAAUGGAAGUUCUUUAAUCUUGCCCCGUGUUCAGCAUAAAGUUGUUCUCCUUGUAUUGCGAACUGUAUUCGCCGUAGGUUUCUGAUUACUCAGUUUCUUGCAGCUAAACUUUUGGUCAAGAAUAUCAUUGCAGAUAGGAGAUACUCCGUCGGCAGCUUUCCUCUAUUUGUGCGUCAACUUUCACAAUGUGUUAGCUUUAAAUUUUAAGAUUUAAUUUAACCAGGUAUUUGUGCAGCGAGUUCUACGGUCACGAUUGACUUCAAAAUUGCAGAUAUAAAACUAGAGAGCUCUGAGGUUUAUUUGCUGAAGUUAGAGAAAAAUCUGUCUUAGGGCAAAGUUAUAGACAUUUUUUGAAAAAAUACGGGUUUAAACGCAUGCCGAUAUCUCAAAGGUUUUUAUACCUACAAGAAAAUAAAUAAUAGUUUCUUAAAGUUCGACUAUUCUUUAUUAAGGAUGCCAAAAAUCAUAGAAAUCGGUUAAAUCUUUCCUGCCGAAAAACACGAUUCAAAACAUAACCAACACGCAAAUAUAAAUAGGUUCGGGCCACCUUAAGACCGGUCCCGGGACAGCUGUUCUAAGCAUACAUUGAGGCUAAAUACAUAAGAUAAGGAACAGGUGAAAAACGGCACUAACCGUACAGAAAAAAAAGAAGAAAUUAUAAAAUUCAAAGAACUGGCAGAGCUUAGCGGCCAACAGAAAUAAAUGCGGUCAGACAGAGGCCAGAAAAGAAAACCUGCCCAAAAGUCCACGAAGGGAAAAAGUGCGGGCGGGAAAUCUGGAAAGGAACCAAGCCUCAAGCUCAAAGGCGUUUCUACGGGACUUUACAAGUUAAUCGAAAUAGGCCGCUCCUAAAAUAAACAAAAAAAAUUAAGAAAACCGAAGAAAGGUUGUUUCAGAAGCCGAGAUGACGUACACGCGAUAUUUACUGAAGUAGCCUUUUAUACUCCCGGUAUGGACAAGACAAGACAAGACAAGAACUUUAUUUGUACCACACAGAAAAAAAGACAUUAACAAAAGACAAUGCUACUUAUGUAAGGUACAAGCGUCCUAUAGCUAAAAAGCUAAUCUAGCUAGAAGGCAUUAUAGAUUAAUUAAGAAUAUUUAAGAGGUUUUUUCACGGAGGCACAAGUAGAAAACAAUGUAAAAAACGAACAAACAAACAAAUAAACAAAGAAAAGAAAAGAAAAAAACGGGUAUGUGCAGAAUUGAAUCACUGAAAAAUUGAGGAACUGGAGAAAAUAUUGGAAAAGAAAGAACGUAAUAUAAACUAGCUAUAGCCCCUGACUUAACACCCAGGUUCUGUGGUAUUUCGUGCCGUCAAAAUAGUUAUUUCUCAUUCGUAGCGGGAUCAUUCGUCAUAAAUAACAUAACUUGCCACAUUUAAAACUUUGAAUAUUCAUUUGUCUCUGAUUUUAUCUGCCAUUUUACUGUUGUUGUAAGUGCCAUCAAUUGAAUUAGUGUUCCUUUCAAUUGCCUUAUUUUAAAAACUGAUUUAUUCAUUCGUGGACUACCAGCCUCGAAAGCAUUGCAUUGCUAUCUCUCAUCCAAUAGAUAUAAAACUGAAAUAGAACCGAUUCAGUUUGAUAAUUCAGCAUUAAAUCUUGAUUUCCAGACAUAAACGAGUGCAACACAGGAAAACACAACUGUGACAUCGGUAGUUCAGCGUGCCAUAACACUAUAGGAUCCUUCGGAUGUGUUUGCAAGGAAGGUUAUUCUAAAAACCGAGAAAAUACAUGUACAGGUAACACUUCAAAUCCCUUAAUUGAAACACUCAGAUAUUUCGUAGCCACGUCUCUUUCAAAUCAAUUUCCUCUGUUCCAAAGUGGUUUUUCACUAAAUUCGCCUUAAUUUAAGUCUCGUUAAUUUCCAUAACACCUUUUACUAGUACUGAUCGCAGAGCAUUAAGUUCCUUUAAUAAGUCAGGUAUAUUGUGAUUCUAAUAGGCCAUUUUCGAGUUGACUCGAGCUUCUGUCUUUUAAGACAGUUUUAAAAAACGAGGCGAAGUGCGAAGCCUUUUGAUAUGAAAAUUAAUUUCAAAGGAGAAGAAAGGUUUGAGAAUUGACCUCGUUUUGAAAUGAAAAGUGAUCGCAUGAAAUGGCAAUUAUGGUAGGCCACAAUAAUUGCUGUGAAAGAAAACGGAAAUCAGUUUUAAUCAUUCAGUGCCUGACUUCUUUUUUGCAGAUAUAAAUGAAUGUGAAGCAGGAAAGCACAACUGUCAUGCAAACGCUAACUGCAAAAACACUAAAGGAUCCUUUGUAUGCACCUGCAAGCCAGGGUAUUCUGGGAAUGGGGUUAAUUGCACAGGUGAAAACAAUACCUCGGUCUUCUUUAUAAUGAAUCUUUUUCUAAUGAACUCCAUUUAUCUCGCAUUAGAGCUAAGUUCAGCCACAAGGUCGUAUGCAGCUUAGUCCCUGGUAGUGCAGUUUGUUCUUUUAAGCUGAAUAAGUAUGGAAAUGCUCUUGCAUUAUAAAAGUUUGUGAGUUGCAGUAUCUGUAUGCAAUUUUAGCCUUAUACAUCCUUGAGAUAUUUAAGUUUUUUAUGUAUUAUUAUAUUGUGCUCCUGCAAGAUUGUCAUGUCCGAACACGUAUUCACGCUGGGUGAGCUUACUACAUUUAAUUAUAUCAGACCAAUGUACACAAUUCCGUCUUUAGAGUAUGAGCGGAAACGUGUCCUUUUUAUCCCUCAUUCUGUUGGCCAUUUUUCUUUAGAGAGGAAGUAAUUCUGUAUUCUCUAAUGUCUUGCUUCCUUAGGUCUUGCGAAUCCUCUAUCUAUACAUUUGAUGUCAUUUCUGAAUUUCUCACCUGCUCUAUAUAUAGCUAAAUGUUUUUGCUUUUCAGUAUAGCCAGAAAUCUCUCGCUCCUUCUUUCUUCUGAUCGUAAUCAAUCCUAGAAAAUAAAAAGGUUAAGUAAAUCAGUUUUGAUGAUUUAGCCCUGCAUCUGAUUUGCAGACGUAAACGAGUGCAUAACAGGAAAGCACAACUGUUAUGCCAAUGCAGACUGCAAUAACACUGAAGGAUCUUUUGAGUGCACUUGCAAGCCAGGGUAUUCGGGAAACGGAGUUAACUGCACAGGUGAUUAUUUUACAGUAAAGACCUGGAUCGUCUUGAUGUUAAGGCUAUUAAUUCAUUAUUAUUUUGUCUCGAGUUCCCGCGUUUGA